AUGUCGGGUAGCAGCUAUCCUGGGGGGGUUCCUCCAGCGCUACUGGCGGAUGAUUCAGAACCUUUUACGUUAGGCUCUGAUCAACAAUUAGAAGAGGUAGAAAGUGAAGGAGAGAAGUCUGAGAAAGAUAAUCUUUGGUCUUUGAUGAAAACUAUUAGGGACCUUGGGGCGACUGUACUUCCAUAUGUUAAACACACCAUCGACUCUGAGGGCGGCGAGCCGGCUUUGCUUAGUGACGACCCUGGCACUUGCGACUCAGAUGAUCAAGCUGAGACUUCGACGAAGCCCAACUGCCCAGCUCUUCCAUCUUCUGAUCUUCUUUCUUGCGCGAGAGAUGCGGAUAUCCUAAGAAACUUCGCCAAGCCCCCGAAAACUCUAGACUCGCAGCUGGAACACUUCCAUGAAAUAGAUCUUGGUGGUCUCAUAUUCGUUUCAGCUUUCGUCGAUAUGGAAUUGCAGGGGCUGUACGAAGUCGUCCUCCAUCUGGAGGCUGUGCCUAAGUCGGAAACCGGUAUCCCGGAGGCUAGACUUCUCGGUUACAUAUACUACUUUAUAUUUACGCGAACAGGCCUUGUCGAAGACCUUGACAAGGCAAUCGAUAUGAAUAUGGUAGCUAUAACAGGCGCGGACGCCAAAAAACUGGCCUACUUCCCCUGUUGGAAAAAUAUCGUUGUCAUGUUGUUGAAAAAAUACAAUUGCACGCACUCCUUGUCGGACCUUGAACAGGCGAUAUUUAGGGCUCAAGGUUUGGGGAAGCUAGAGCUUUGGGAAGGCCGACAACGUGACGCUGAACUACAAGACCUGAUAAAGAUGCUUAAGUUCAGAGCAUUGGAAAAUGCGUUAGAAGCAAUACUCCAGGAUGGAGACUUUGAGUUUGUUUUAAGAGAGAGGCAGAGAGUACUCUUUUUGUGCCAAUUACAAGUCAGCGUCGAUGUUAUUGAACGAUAUAUGCAGAACUUCGAAGAAAGCAACAACGCCGCAGCCCUACAGCUCGCCAUCAGCGCAAGUGAACAGUUCUUUGCUAUUGACCUUUCUAAAGGGAUUGAAGACCCUGGAUUCUCGUACUCGCUCGGGCGGGGGGCCCUACACUACCUCAUACUGCCGAUCAAAACUCGAUACCAACAAACGAACAACCCGCGAGACUUCCAGGCGGCUAUCGAUGCGUACCAGGCAGCAUUUUCCUACUCUUCUCAGGAGGAUAAGGGAAUACUGUUAUACUACCAGGCAUUCCUUUUUUACGAUAGAUUCCAAAACACAGGAGACCUAUCCGACCUUCAGAUAGCGAUAGAUAGGAGCCAGGGAGCCAGGGAGCUAAUACCUGAUUGUGACGAGCGUAAAAAUGAAGUUUUACACCUAUUGUCUGCUCUCUUACUGAUCAGAAGGGGUAAAAUUGGGAGUCUAAAAGAUUGCGACGCAGUAGUCGAACUUAAACUACAAGCUCUGGAAAAUAUGCCUCCGAAUUCCCAGGGGCUGGAAUUGAUGGCGAAACAGCUCUUGGCAGUCUCUCGACAUGUCCAAAGAUAUGGACGUUAUGACAAAUCCGAGAAUGUUCAAAAGGCUAUUGAAGCUGCGUUGGAAGGUUCAAGAUCUGGAAGCGUUGCGAGGCCUUCACCCAAUGGUCUGGAUGAUCAACGAUACGACGCUCAAUCUCAUGACCAAACUUUGAACAACACUCUUGUCGACAUGCACGACUUUCUCACAACACCCAACUAUUCUCAGAACUUAAAUCUUGAGGAGUUGCAGACAUACAUCCAGAAGCAAACUGCUCUGCGGGAAUUGCUUGCCGCAAAUGCACAAAAGAAGUUUCGUAACUGGAGUAGUAACUUUUACCAAGUUCCAUAUGCUCUCAGUAGCAGAAAGCUCGCCGAACUAUUCUGCCAGAGGUACUCGAAAACCAACAAUCGGGAAGAUUUAGACGAGGCUAUCGAUCGGUCAAGGGAGGCGCUGAUGGCGGUACAUGAGGGCCAUCAAUUGAGGGGAAGUUUCACCUUGUCGCAUGCGAGGUUUUUGGAAUUCAGGUUUGGACAUAGGCUGAACGAAGAAAAAUGCACCGACGACAAGGGCUCACUUGGCGUCCUAGACUCAUUUCUCGGGAUCCUAAAUGACCUCGCUUCGGCCUGCCGUUAUUAUCAAGAAGUAGCAUUGCUUUCAUCAGCAGGAAUUAGUGAACGCAUCCUUGCAGCUAUUCAUGUAUCAUACUUGUUCAUGAUCGGGGGUAACCUGGAUGAAGCCGUGCGCUUUGCUGAGUUGAGCGCGAAGCUUUUUCCUUUGAUGCCGUCUCGCCAAUUGGAUCAGCGGGAACAACAAAUACAUAUCGGGAAGCAUUCUUGGGUGGCCUCUUGUUCUGCUAGUUUUACUCUCUUCAGUGGAGGGGGUGCAUAUAACGCGAUUCGGGUUUUGGAACUGGGCCGGGGAGCCAUAACAGGUCUAAGAUUGGAAAUGAGAUCUGAUUUGACGGAGCUAAAGCUAUACCACCCUGAGAUGGCGGCUCAAUUCGAAAAGUUUCGAGAAAUACUCGACUCACCACUCUCCAUUUCAGCUAAUCCUAAAUUUGUCGAUGACAAUCAAACUUCUAGCGUAGAUGAAACCCGCCUUCAAGAACUUCGUCACCGUACUAAUAUUGAACUCAACAAGCUUAUCGACCAAAUCAGACUCCUGCCAAAUUUUGGUAACUUCUUGCUUCUUCCUGAGGAACACCAAUUGAGGAUAGCGGCGAAUUCAGGGCCCAUGAUUAUUAUUAACGUCAGUUGGUUCUCUUCAGAAGCGAUACUCAUUGAAACGGCUUCUAUACGAUCGAUUGAUCUUCCGAAGCUGAAUAAAUCCGACUUGGACAAAAAGAUCAAGGUUUUUAAAGCAGCCCUAUCUACAAAUGGAACUAGUGAGAUCCUAGGAAUUCUGAUGUGGCUUUGGAAUGUGGCUGCGGGUCCUAUCCUUGAUAGUUUAGGAUUUAUUGCCCCACCAUCAGAGGGCAACGAUUGGCCUCACGUCUGGUGGAUUCCGACUGGAAAAUUGAGCUUGUUACCUAUCCAUGCAGCAGGCCACCACCUCGGUCAAAAUUCAACAGAUACCGUUAUCGAUAGGGCGAUAUCCUCCUAUUGUUCAUCCAUCAAAUCGCUUCUAUACUCCCGUCAGAACGACUGGCAAGCCAACCCAGAAACAGGAUCGGUCAAAAGUUUACUAGUAGCAAUGGACGAGACCCCUGGUCAUUCAAGCUUAAGGUUUGUUAGGGACGAGAUAGAUAUGCUUCAAGGUCUUUUUCAUCAUCCUCAUCCAAUCGAAAGUAUAAGACUUGAUCAGCCCUGUCGAUAUGACGUCUUGAACUCCAUUAACGAUUGCUCAAUCUUUCACUUUGCCGGGCAUGGACAAUCCGACGCUCAAGAUCCCUCACAAAGCUCUUUAUUGACCAAAGACUGGGCAAAUAAACCGCUAACGGCCGAAGAUCUAACGAAAUUAGACUUCAGGAGAAACUCGAGCGCUCCUUGGUUGGCAUAUCUAUCGGCAUGUUCAACGGGCAAUAAUAGCGCAAAAAAGUUAUAUGAUGAAGGUCUACAUCUCGUAACUUCAUUUCAACUCGCCGGUUUCAGGCAUGUGGUCGGAACGCUCUGGGAAGUAUCGGAUGAAUAUUGUGUCGACGCUGCCAAAGCGAUAUAUGAAACGAUCCUUGGAAGAGAAAUUGGGAAUGAUUUAGGAGUCGCGUUGGGCGUGCACAAAGCUUCGAGACUUCUUCGAGAUCGCGCAUAUUUACGCGAUAGACAAAGGCAUGCCGCAUUUGAAGAAGAAGAAGAAGUCCGUGGUAAAGGAAAGGGGAGAGCGCAAGAGGAUUUAAGGCGUGUACGGCCCUUUGGCUACCCAGAACCGGACAAAAUGGAGAUUAACAGCCCUCUGAUAUGGGCUGCUUACGUUCAUGUCGGAGCAUAG